AUGACUACCACAUCGAUGAUUCAACCAAAGUUCCUUUCGAAAGGCGACCAACUUGGUGUUGUCGCUGUUGGGUUCUCUGGUGGUCAGUGUAAACCAGGAGUUGAUGCCGCCCCUUCAGCACUCAUAAAAAGUGGACUUCUCACUCAACUCGAGGAAGAAUUAGGAUACAAGCUUCAUCAUGAUAACACCGUCCAUUCUUACAAGGAAUUGAUCCCUUCCGAGGACCCGGAUCAUCGAAACAUGAAGAACCCCCGCGGAGUCUCUGCCGUCACACAAAAACUCUCCGAGCAAGUCUACGAGCAUGCCAAGGAAGGUCGUUGCGUUUUGACUCUCGGAGGUGAUCAUUCUAUCGCCAUCGGUUCAGUAUCCGGAAUUGCGAAAGCAAUUCGUGAACGAUUAGGAAGAGAAAUGGCAUUGAUCUGGGUUGACGCACAUGCCGAUAUCAACACACCAGAAACCUCCGACUCUGGAAAUGUCCACGGAAUGCCAGUCGCAUUCUUGACACGACUUGCCCAAGAAGAGAAGCCUGAUAUCUUUGGAUGGUUAAAGGAUGAACAUAUGGUCAGUGUAAAGAAGAUUGUUUACAUCGGAUUGAGAGAUGUGGAUCGAGGAGAGAAGAAGAUCCUCCGCGAGAAUGGUAUCAAGGCAUUCAGCAUGCACGAUAUUGAUAGACACGGUAUUGGCAAAGUCAUGGAAAUGGCACUCGGUCACAUCGGCAACGAUACCCCAAUCCAUCUCUCCUUCGAUGUCGACGCUCUCGACCCCACAUACGCCCCUUCCACUGGCACACCUGUUCGUGGAGGUUUGACCCUGAGAGAAGGAGAUUACAUCGCGGAAUGCGUACACGAGACCGGUUCUCUGAUCGCAAUGGAUUUGGUAGAAGUCAACCCUACACUUGAACCUGGUAUCAAUGAUGUUGGAGCACAUGAGACCGUUCGAGCUGGAUGCUCUUUGGUCAGAUGCGCUUUGGGUGAGAGUUUGCUAUGA